UUUUUCUUAUGUGUGCGCGCUCUGGUUGCUUGUUUGGUUGUUUGCUUGGUCGGUCGGUCCGAGGUCGGUCGGUCGGUCUGUAGAUGUACGUAUAUACCCGGGGUUUUGCUUUGGCUUUGGUUGUUCAUUUUCGUUUCUUUGUCACUAUUUUUUCUUCUCCUUUUAGUGUGGGUUUCGAUUCGAUCUCGUUUUUUCUUUUUUCUUUCUGUUUGGGACUCUUUUUUUUCAUCUUUUCGUUUGCUUCUAUUUGGUUUUCUGGUUUGGGAUACCUAUAUUGUUUUUUACUCAUUCCAUUGACUACUACUUUCUAUGCAUGCGGCGCGAUGGGAUGUGGGAUCUUGUGGGAUAUGGGAUGUGAGAUGAUGGACAUUUAUAUAUGAAGGGGUGUGAUGGGGAAGGGGGAUUGGGGAAGGCGGGU